CCUUAUUUAUGGGUCAUAUCUCGCUUUGCAAGUUUGCAUUGUGUCGCAGCCAGACGUCCACGAAUCUUCGCUAUUCACAAUGCGCUACCUAUUACUCCUCUAUACAAUAGUUCUGAGCAACGCUCGACCAGUGGAAGAGGAACCGUACAUCAAAGAGAAUGACUCCGUCGCGGAGCUCCAUCGACAAUUCGAACUGAUCACCUACGUUGAAAACUUCAAACAAAUCUUGUCAGAUUACGUCAAAAAAGAAUACCAACAUCUGACAAUAAAUGACAUGAAAGCUGUAAAAAUCAUCUUGGAAGAGUUCUUAGAAAACUUCUCCCAUCAUUUAAGAGAAAUCUUGAAAGGUAAUGUUGAAAAUAUAGAUUUGAGUCAAAAUAUAGAAGAUGGUAUACCGGAUGAGAAUUUCGAUAUAAUAAAGCGAAACGUCAAAGAGGAAUUUCAAGAUAUAAACGAGGAAACGUCAGAAAAAAUUGUAUAUACUCUAAGGAAGGAAUUAUUCAAGACACGGCGAUUAUUAGACUAUGUAAUACAAGAAUCUAAAAGAUCACUUGAAGCUAAUUCUCAAUAAAAAAGAUUUACAACACAUAAGAUAAAAAAAACCUGCAUGUACAGUCGAGGAAAUCUGCGGUAUACCACUUAUAUUGCUUUGUUUCUUGCAUCGAGACAAAUUCCAUCUCGUUAUCUAUUACUGUUAAUAAAGCGUAAACAGACACUUCUUUGUUGCGUAAGAUGUCAGCAAUUACAACAUAUUUUUGAAUAA